UCUUCUUUCCUUCACCAUCCUCACAACAAAUCGUCAAAUGUCGCUUAUCCCAAUAUCCUGACACCAUUAUUCGACGAGUAAACAUAUUGUGAGAUCAUAUAAAUCCAGUCGCUUUGCUGUUUGCAACAAUGAAAGAGUAUCUUGACUCUAACCGAGUCAAUUUCUUGAUUUGGAGAUAUUUAAUCGAAGGCAAUUAUCGAGAAACAGCCGUCAAAUUCCAAAAAGAGUGGCACGUCGAGGAACCUCACCGACAGCUAGAUUUCGCGCAACAUGUAAAAAGCCAUGCGCUAGUCAAUGUCAUUAACAAGGGUCUACUCUAUAGCUCAUUAGAACGUGAUCAUGCGCAGUCGCAAGUACCUCGUGACGCCGCAGUAGCGGCACUGGCCGAGGCGAUGCAGCUAGGGAUAUUUGGUCCAGUGCGCGCACAUCCACCACUUCACCAGCAGCUAGAAGAUGAGCAGCAGCAGACAGAUUCGAUGGAUCAAGAUGAUACGCAAGUAACGGAAAUGGCAGUAACGGCAGCUACGUCCGGGGGUGAACUAGAAAAUAACCGAAAACGUCAAAUUGACAAGCAACCGCAGGCGCAGCUUCUCAAUGGUUCACCAGCCAAGCGACCAAGACUGAGCAAUGGGUACGAAAAUGGGGUGGAUGCAGCCACAACUCCAAUGGAACUUGACGGGCAGAACCACGACAACCAUGCUUACCCAUCCCCCCAAGAAGGCGAACAGGCACCGACGCCAACUCCCCGUACUGAUGGACCCGAACAGGGCACACAGGUCGAGAAAGUCGAAGAAUUGGCUACCGAGACUACUUUCAUCCCCUUGGGCGUCCAGAGGCUUGAAGAUGCACCAACUUCUUCACCAACCACGGCAUUGGCUGGAAUUAAUGGCGAAAGCGCGCCUGUGCUCCUGCAUUGCCAGUGGCAUCCCCGAGAUCCCACAAUCUUGGCGGCUGCUGGAACCGAUGCGCUAGCCCGAAUUUGGAACGUUUCGCGUGUAGCCACAACCGAUCAUGCAUCUGAUGGUCACGUGAAUGGCGUCGCUCCAAAUUUCAAUGAUUUUCACUCCCUACUCGAAGAAGAUACCCAAACUAAGACCACCGUCACGGCUAUGGCUUGGAAUUGGGAUGGAUCGGCUAUUGCGGUAGCCACUGAUUCAGAUUCGAAAGCCCGGAUCAGCCUCUGGACUCCUGAUGGUUCUCACCUACAGGGUUUCGAGGUUGCCGAGCCACCCGUCAUUAAGCUACGUUGGAAUCCUAAUAACGCUGCCAUUCUAGGAAUUGCGCCAGAGAACGGAGGGGCCUUGAUAACUGUUUACCAUGCCGUGACAGCAAACUCGAUUUCCUACUUUCUAUCUCAACAUGAUCUACAUAGUGAACCUUUGGAUGCAGCAUGGACGAGCGAAUCCGAGUUCUUAUUAUGCGGUGGCGACGUUCUGAUGGCUCUAAAAUGUGCUGAGGGCGAGAUUAAGGAGUUGAGGAAGUUUGCUAUUCGCGAGGAAGAUAGCUUAACGCAAGUUCAAUUUGACUGGAGGAGUUCUUUAGCGGCUACUUGCGGAGAAAAGGGUUAUGUUGACAUCUGGGAUAAUAACGGUAGGCGACGUGAGAUAAAAGCUCACUGCGACGCAGUCACUGCGAUAGCCUGGCAACCGUUACAACAACAACCUUCAGGUGACGAACGGCUUUUGGCUUCCGGCGGAGAGGAUGGAGCCGUCUUCAUAUGGAAUGCUCUUGCUACUGAUGGGAAAGCGAAAUGUUCGAUGACCAUGGGACCGCCUAUUGUUGCCCUUGCUUUCACUCCCGAUGGCGCAUUCAUUGCUGGGGCUACGAGCGAGAGAAUUCUAAUUUGGAAGGUAGGAGAAUGUAGUAUUCCGCGUGCAAGCUGGAGUCGCGCCCCCCAUCCUGGCUGGUUUAGCCCGCGAAUGAAUCCUGAAUCGGAUGAGGAAGACGAACAUUGUUUGGGAUGGGAUGCAACAGGCCACAAGUUAGCAUAUGGGGUCAACAGUCGACUCGCCGUUAUCAACUUUAGAUGAUAGCGUAAGACCACUCGCAUUUAUGAUGUUUUAUAGAUGCAGUCCCGACGGAACCCAACCCACUCGGCUCCGGUUUGCAUGACG